AUGAAAGGUUGGAGGCCAGCCCAGGACGACCCGGGGAAGCUGCCCGUGCCCCUCCCGGUCGCGGGGCGGUCCCUGGAGGCCGAGCUCGAGGGCCAGCGCCAGCUGCAGACCUCGCGGUCCGUGGCGCACGCGUGCGACGGGUACGACCUGCAGUGGGCCCAGUGCCGCGGCCUGCCCGAGUGCGGCGAGUGCUCGCCGGUGGACUGCGAGUUCGGAGACUGGGGCGAGUGGGAGGACGGCGACGGGUGCAUUGGGCUGAGAUUCCGCGAUCGCUCCAUCAAGACGCCCAACAACGAGUGCGGGCAGCCUUGCGAGGGGUCUACCACCGAGUCGAGGAAGCACGAAACGAGCUCGUGCGUCCCAAAGGACACGGACUGCGGCUGGUCGCAGUGGUCCGAGUGGACGCCUUGCGCUUCGGAGGUCGACCAGGCCACGCGCUCGCGCUCCGUGGAGCGGCAGGCCACCAGGAGUGGGAGCCCGUGCGUGGGGCCCGUGGAGCAGACCAGGGCCUGCGGCGCCGGCGACCGGAGCCCGGCGCCCUGCAGCUUCUCCCCGUGGACCGCGUGGAGCACGUGCAGCGCCACGUGCGGCGAGGGCCUGCACUCCCGCUCGCGCAGCAUCGCGGUGCCGGCGAGGGACGGCGGGGCGCCGUGCAGCGACGCGCUGCUGCAGACGGCUGCGUGCAGCGGUGGAGGGGCAGCAGCAGGGGUAGCAGGAUAA